CGAGCGAGUGUGCAGAGCCCUGUCAGUCUGUAUACACGCAUGUUCGAAGCGAGUGGUGAAUGCUGGGAGCAACCAUCGUGCUUUGGGUUCGACUGACUCCCAGGAUUAUUAUCGAUUGAACUGUUUUUUUUUUUUUUUUUUGGUUGGUUGGUUGGUUGGGGAAUUCGUUUGUCUUGAGAAGCAACCUGCCAAAAUGUCUGGCACUCCGCAGGACGUUAGUAAGCUCACCGAGCUUACUUAUAAGAAUGUGAUGGACCAGUUUAACCCCAGCUUGAGGAACCUGGUCAACUUGGGGAAAAGCUAUGAGAAGUCGGUCACAGGCAUGACCGUCGCUGGAAAGGCUUAUUUUGAUGCCAUCACGAAAAUAGGAGAAAAUGCUACUAUGUCUCCAGUAUCAAGGGAACUUGGUAUGGUUCUGAUGGAGAUGGCUGAUGUCCACAAAAAGAUCCAUUUUGAGCUGGAGCAAAAUUUCAAGCGAUUCCACCGAGAUGUUCUUACUGAGCUGGAAAAAAAGACAGAAAUGGAUGUGAAGUACAUGAAUGCAACAUUCAAGCGCUACCAAUCAGAACACAAGGUGAAGCAGGACUCCCUGGACCGCUCGCAGACUGACCUAAAAAAGUUGAGGAGGAAGAGCCAGGGCAAGAAUGUGUCAAAAUAUGAGAUCAAGGAGAAUGAGUACAUGGAGACCAUCUCAUCGCGCCAGAUGGACAUGCAGAAGUUCAUCGCCGACGGCUGCAGAGAGGCUCUGCUGGAAGAAAAACGCCGCUUCUGUUUCCUGGCUGACAAACACUGCAUGUUCUCAUAUCACAUUAGCAACUUCCACGAUAAAGCAAAAGAGAUGCUGAAUGAAAAGCUCCCCAACUGGCAGGAGAUGUGCUGCGAUAUCAGUAAAGUUCCAGACACGGUCAAGCACAUGAUAGACGGACUGUCUAUCAAUCCAGAGCAAUCGAUGCUUCCUGAUCGUUAUAGGAACAGCGUUGAGUCAGUGAUGAUGCCCCCUGCUCCCCCACUGAAGGCGCACACUAGCCCACUCGCAAACAUGUUUAACCCCGAGCCCAGAUCUCCAAUCACUUCCUCUUUAGAGACUCACUCAGACCAGAGCAGCCUCGGCGAGGAUAGUCCAUCCAGACUUACCUCCCAGAUUUCGGGUAUUCAUAUGACCAGAAAUCGGCGGGUCAGGACUGUCUUUCCACACUCGGGGGGAAUCAACAGCACUCUCCUCAGUUUUGAUGAGGGCGACAUGAUCACCUUGCUCAUCAAAGAAGAGAAGGAUGGGUGGCUUUAUGGUGAGCUGGAGAAGAGCCGACAACGUGGUUGGUUCCCCUCAUCCUACUGCAGACCAUUCGCUGAGCCUCUCAUAUCAAAUAGCAGCAAUUUGGAGACACCAGAACGAAGUCCAAGUGUGACCAGUCUGACCGAGCUGGAUGAGGACGAGCCUGUGUUGCUGCCACCCCCAGACUACUCGGACGACUACGCCUCGAGAACUGUGAUCCCAUCAAUGCCAUCGGCAAAGAAUGCGGUUUCUUUAGUGAAUGGGACAGGAAAGGCUCCUUUUCUUGGAGGAGGAAAUCCUUUCGCGACAGUCAAGCUGAGACCCACUGUCACCAAUGAUCGAUCUGCACCAGUCAUCUGAACCCUUAACAUUUUGGGGGAUGUUACCAUGUUACCCCUGCAGUGCAUCAAAAGCUGUAACCUAAAUGUGCAUCGCAACCUCCCUCAUAACCUGUUGAAAGGUCUUAAUAACACAUUUUACCGUGCCACAUUAGGGACUUAUGUGUAAUUCAAAGUGGUAUUUUCCGCAAUCGUUGGUUUGUGCAUCCAGUCUGUGUCCAUGACGAAUUUUAUGCUCACAAUGAAAGGAUCAAUAUCUGAUCAUGAAAUUACUGAAUGUGGGAGAAAAAUGUUUUGAUGUGUACAGUUAACCUCACAAUAUCUUUCAUGCCCCCCAGCCAAAAUGUUCUAAAAUUCUUAAAUUUUUUUAAGUCAAUCCCUUUAGUAGCCAAAAUGUUCUAGAAUUCUUAAAUUUUUUUAAGUCAAUCCCUUUAGUAAUAUGUCAGAUAAAAACUGUUAUCUACUGUUUGCAAUUGACGAAAAGAUUGCCUGUGCAGAACGACUAAAGCUUUUUUUUUUUUUUUAAUAAUUGUUAAUAUUAUUGUUUAUGCUGCAGUUAUUGCAGUGAUAAAUGCUUUUGUUUUGCCAUGUCCCUGACUAGUCUGCCCAGCAACUAGAGUGUCUUCCUGACUUACAAAAAAAAAAAAGAAAUAUAAAAGAAAAAUAUUCUCAUUUUAUAUUUUUAAUGAGUUUUGUCUUUUAUUAAAAGAGCUGUGGAAUGCAGAGGUGAGAAUGAAGGGGGCUUGCUGUGUUUAUCAAGCAGAUUUGUCAUUUGAGGAGCAGCAAUGAAGUACGUCAGUAUCUUAAAUAAUAUUUUAUAUUUAUAAGCAAAAUUUGUGUUGGAGUUAUUUAAAUAAAUGUACGGCACGCGUCCAUGACUUGCUCAAGCCGAGGCCGGUUUUGUUUUGACUGUACCAGUGUUUUAAAUCGAUAACAUUUUGAUGAAGGGAAUAUUUUUCACGCUUUGUCAUUUGUGCAGGUGUGCGGUUAAUGCAAUAUGCUGAAGGCAUUCCUCACUGGUUGACAUUUACGUUGUUUUUAAUAUGUUGGAUCACAAUUUUGAAAUGCACAAAGAUUUUGUGAGGACAAAUUUUUUUGGGGGGGGACACGUAUUUGCUUUACAGAAUGUGUAUUCUGAUGGAGAAUUGAUCAUACCUAGUUACUCAUCAGUGCCUACUUCAGUGUAUCUUGCCAUUGUGUUCAAAAUAUAGCCUUUUUCUUUCCUUAAUAAAACAUGAUACAGUCCACAAA